AAAACAAAAGGACUCACGGGCCAGCUUGAUACGGUAACCAUGUCGUUUCUUUGCUUUGUUGUCAGUUUACAGAAUAUCACCUCCUUCGUAAUAUACAUUGUAUAUACAAUAGGGAUGCUUGGCUUAAAAACCAAUUACAGAGGUACUUGAUAUUUACAAGCCAGAGAGAGAAAAUGACUGAAAAUCAGAGAUUUGAUAGCCUCAUUAUCCUCAGCAUCACCACCAUUGUUGCUGUAAGCUUGUCAUUUAAUGGCAGAAUACCAGGAGCCCAAGCUCUGAAUAUAGGACCUGUGAAUAUAACUACCUCUCUGGCAGGUGGAUGCAGCAGUCAGUGUGAAUCCAGUUUUUGCACAGUUGCUCCAUUGCUGAGAUAUGGAAAGUACUGUGGACUGGCCUACAGUGGAUGCCCUGGAGAAAGCCCCUGUGAUGCCCUGGAUGCCUGCUGCAAAACUCAUGAUUCAUGUGUUCAAGUACAAAAUGGGGAUUAUCUAAGCCUGAGUUGCAAUCAGGCCUUAUUAAACUGUAUAGACUCGGUGAGGGCAUCUGGAGCACCUUCCUUUGCAGGAAGCAAUUGUGAUAUGGAACAGGUUACUUCGCUUGUGUAUGAUGUUAUAGAAUUAGCUAUUGUGGCAGGAAGGGCUCUCCACCAGCCCUGAUUCAUAGAUGGAGAAUAAGCUCAGCUCACUAGGCUAGGAGCAGCUCUCUUUCAUUCCCAAGUAGCUUCAGUAAUAAAAAAUGAGUCUUGAUUAAUGUAUGAUUAGUCUUGUUGCUCUGGUCCAUGAUUGGGCAUAGUAUUUCUCAGCAUGAUAUUGGCACAAGCAAUAAUUGGCUUCAACACAAUUGUAGCUUCAACCAACUUUUUGCCAUGUAAGUGAAAUUAAAGAACAUUAGCUUCUAAUGGAGUUCAUUGAAUUCAAGAGAAAUGCACAAGAAUGUGCACAAGAUUUAUUGCA